AGGUAGGGCGGCCGGUACCGGCACUGGCGCGGCCGCCAUCAUGCUGGCGGCGCUGGGGCGCUCGGCGGCGGCGCGGCUCCUGCGGGCCGGCGGCGGCGCGACCGGGCUGCGGCACGCGGGCGGCGGGGUGCACAUCGAGCCGCGGUACCGGCAGUUCCCGCAGCUGACGCGGGCGCAGAUAAUCCGAGGCGAGGCCCUGUCCGGUUUCAUGUGGUUCUGGAUCCUCUGGCACUUCUGGCACAACUCGGACCUGGUGCUGGGUCACUUCCCCUACCCCGACCCCGCGGCGUGGACGGACGAGGAGCUGGGCAUCCCCCCCGACGACGCCGAGUAGGCGCCCCCGCAGCCCCCGGUUGUGGCGAGAUCCCUGGAACUACAGCUUUGGCUCUUCUGUCCUUGAUUCAAUAAAUACUAACUGUAAAAAAACUCUAA